GAUAGCAGAUGAUGGCCGUUUCUAGGAUGACAUAAUCAACAGACAUGUUCAACCUUGUCGUCCAUCUGCAUUGAUUGACAUCCUGCAUGAGCACAAAAGGGUACUUCGCGUUUCCUCCUCCGAUAUCAGGCACGUCAAGACCAUACCCCACAUCUAUACCUCAGUCCCCCGAUACCAAAGAAGCAUUCGUUGACAAAAGCACACCUGGGAAAGGGGACGAGACGCGUAGCGAGAAACCACCGCACGAUGAAGAACGUAUCAACCGACUUCACAAGGAACGGGAGCUCAGAGAGAUGAGCGAAAUAGAGUGGGUUCGAGGCGGCGGAGUUCUACGCGACGCACAAGGGCGCCGCGAUAAAUCCCGCACAGAACGUAUUCGCGCGGAGCUCAAGCUGCAAGAAGAAGAAAAGACAAAAAUGGACAGAUGGAGGGAUUACGAUGAGCGCUGGAAAGCGCUGGCCGCAUCAGAUAAAGCUCUCUCAUUCGCAGAUAUCCCGUGGCCGCUUCGGACAGCGCCUUCUCCCAGAGAUACCGGUGCUUUCACGUUACCUGCGAUUUCGGAGUUUUUGUUCGAGUCUCUUUCUGUGCGGAGUAAUGCUGUUACGAGGAAGAGUAGGAUCCGCGGCUCUAUAUUGCGGUGGCAUCCUGAUAAGAGCUCGUUGGUCGUUGGCAGGGUUGUGGCUGAGGACGUGGAUGCUGUGCGGGAAGGCAUUCAUGCGGUGUUUCACUGCCUCAAGCGUCUACAGGAUGACGAAAGAGACAAUAAUAAUACCGUGUAACAAAUCAUGCCCUACUGGAAGAAAUCGAGGCUCAUCGUAGCACACGUACUUGCAUCUGGUCUCCCAGUAAGUAGUCAUAUACAGUCAUAUAUGAUAUACCUUGGUAGGAGUCCGACUCGACAAUGACAUUUCAUUUCCAUUCACAAUGAGCUGGCUGUUGCAUACUAAUAC